AUGCAGGCCCAGAUCGACGUCGAUGAGUGCGACGAGGCGCAGCAGCAGCUUAACAUGGAGGUCGAGCUGGCUGGGCGUGCCCGCGUUGGGCGUGGCGCCCGCAUCGGCGAUUGCUACGUGCCUUUCCCUCUCUUCCCUGGGGUGUCGGAGGUUGACUGCGAGGUGGACUUCGUGCAGGCCGCGGGCGCUAUGGCGGCGCCGCCGCGCGCUGCUGGCGAGUGCUCCGACUCCGACGGCGUGAUCCUCGACGGCGAGGCCGACGUGGCCACCGCAUGCUCGGUCAGGGGGCCGCCAGCUGCCGAACCUGCUGGACAUGUUGCCGCCGCCGCCGCCGCGCACCUCGACGCCUUCCCGCGCGCCCUCUUCCGUGAGGGCGGCGGCGCCAGGGCUCGUGGCGAGGUCGCGGCUCGUGAUUGCUGGCGUGCGAGGGCGGCUGUCGCCCGCGCUUGGCUCGCCGCGGAUGCCGCGACGGUGCAGGCGCCCUCGGAUGAAGGAGCGAGCGCUGGAGGUACUGCAGGCGGGGCGCCGCUGCCUCCAGGCUUGGAUUCGAGGAGUGGUUGGAGCAGCGUGGUUAGUGCUCCUCGUGAGACGUCUUGUCCCUGCGUGUUCGGAAUGCCUUAUGAGUGA